AAAAAAAAAAACUAGCUCAUGUACGUGUGGCCCUCUUUUCUUAUCUCUUCCUCGCUACUAGCCUACUACCACCUUAAAAUGGCCCACACUACUUCCGUGUAAAUUCACCGGAGAGGUUUUAGUACGUGUGGCUGUGUGCAUGCCAUGUCCAAGGAGGAAGAGGAGAGGGAGAAGGUGACGGCGGCGGCGGCGGCGAGCGAGGUCGUCGUCGUCAAUGGCGGUGGCGGCGAGGAGGAGGGGGAGGGGGUGAGGGCGCUGCACGCGCGGGUGGAGGCGGAGUGGGGGCCGGUGAUGCAGAGCGCGUGCCAGACGGCGGCGGCGAGGGCGCUGUGGGGGCGCGCGGUGCGCGACCCGGCGGCCGGGGUGCUCGCCGGGGGGAGGUUCCUGGCGGCGCUCCGGGAGCGGAUGCGGCGCGACGAGGAGGCCGGGGCGAGGGAGGUGCACGGCGUCAUGAUCGCCGUCCGCACGCUCUGGUUCGACGCCCGCGUCGAGGCCGCCGUCGCCAGCCUCGGCGGCGCCGCCCAGGUCGUCCUCCUCGGCGCUGGGAUGGAUGCGAGAGCUUAUCGACUGAGCUGCCUGAAGGAGUGCACGGUAUUUGAACUUGACUUCCCGGAGCUCCUAGAAAUGAAAACAGAUCUUCUUCACGAAGCAAUGAGCUCUGCAAAUAAUCAGAAACUCACCAUGAUGGCAAAAUCAUUGACUAGGGUUCCUGCCGACAUCCGAGAUGGAGACUGGAUCACCAAGCUACAGAGCUACGGCUAUGUUCCUGAAAGGAACACCAUAUGGGUUCUUGAAGGCAUCCUCUAUUACCUUCACCAUGUCCAUGCAAUGCAAGUCCUCGAAACCAUUGUGGCCUGCCGCACCUCAGUCCACACUGUCCUCCUGGCUGACUUCAUGAACAAGAAUGCAGUAUCGCUCUCUCGGGCAAUGUACCAUUUCUACCAUGACAGCCCUGAUCUCCUGCUGCCUUCCAUUGGGUUCUCUCAGGUAACUUUGUCACAAAUUGGAGAUCCACAAGCACAUUUUGGGCUGCUAAGUCACCCGCAGAACCUGUUUGAUAAACUGAGGAGAUUGCCAAGAUCAGUGGAGACAAACCCAGAGGAUGGCACACCAUGCUGCAGAUUGUACUUGGUAGAAGCCUCUGCUUUUCCAGAUGACCAGAUCACUAAACAGGGCAUUUAAGUCCAUUGAUAAUUACGCUUUUUUUUUCAUCUUCCCUGAUUGCUUGAGGACUUCAUCACCGUUCAAAUUUCAAACAUAGAUGUGAGUAUGUGACCUGUAUAGCAACAUUCAGUUCAAGUUAAGGGCCUCUUUGAAUCGCA